AUGGCUGGGGUGGUGCGGUCCGCCAGCCUUUCCUUCCCGCUGUCCCGUGGGGACACGGCUGACGUGGCGGAGACCCUAUCCUCGGCCUUAGCGGAACCUCUUCCAGAAUGCAGCACCAGAGUGGUCCGGAAGCCUGGGCAAGAAGAACAUACCACAGCAGAGAAGUCUCCUGGAGCCUAUUUUCUUCCCGAGUUUGCACUCUCCCCUCAGGGAAGUUUUCUCGAAGAUACAACGGGAGAGCAGUUCCUCACCUACCGCUAUGAUGACCAGACCUCAAGAAACACUCGUGCAGAUGAAGAUAAAGACACCAACUGGGAUGCCUGGGGUAGCUGGAGCGACUGCUCCCGGACUUGCGGGGGAGGGGCGUCCUACUCCCUGCGGAGGUGUUUGACGGGGAGGAACUGUGAAGGGCAGAAUAUUCGAUACCAGACGUGCAGCAACCAUGACUGCCCUCCUGACUCAGAGGACUUCAGAGCCCAGCAGUGCUCCGCCUACAAUGACGUCCAGUAUCAGGGGCAUUACUAUGAAUGGCUCCCGCGAUAUAAUGAUCCCGCUGCCCCCUGUGCGCUCAAGUGUCACGCACGGGGACAGAACUUGGUAGUGGAGCUGGCACCCAAGGUACUGGAUGGAACUCGCUGCAACACGGACUCCCUGGACAUGUGUAUCAGCGGUGUUUGUCAGGCGGUGGGCUGCGACCGGCACCUGGGGAGCGGAGCCAGGCAGGACAGCUGCGGCGUGUGCGCCGGCAACGGCUCCACCUGCAGGCUCGUGCGGGGACAGUCCAAGGCGCACGUCUCUCCGGAGAAAAGGGAAGAAAAUGUAAUUGCUGUUCCCUUAGGCAGUCGAAGCGUAAAAAUUACAGUGAAAGGACCGGCCCAUCUUUUUAUUGAAUCAAAAACACUUCAAGGAAGCAAAAGGGAACACAGCUUUAACAGCCCUGGAGUAUUUGCUGUGGAAAACACCACAGUUGAAUUUCAGAGGGGCUCAGAGAGGCAGACGUUUAAGAUCGCAGGACCUUUGAUGGCCGAUUUCAUCUUCAAGACCAGGUACACGGCGGCCAAGGACAGUGUGGUCCAGUUCUUCUUCUACCAGCCGAUCAGUCAUCAGUGGAGACAAACCGACUUUUUCCCCUGCACCGUCACAUGUGGAGGAGGUUAUCAGCUCAACUCGGCUGAGUGUGUGGAUAUCCGCUUGAAGAGGGUGGUUCCUGACCAUUACUGCCAUUACUACCCCGAGAAUGUGAAGCCCAAGCCCAAGCUGAAGGAGUGCAGCAUGGACCCUUGCCCUUCGAGCGAUGGCUUUAAGGAGAUCAUGCCCUAUGACCACUUCCAACCCCUUCCUCGCUGGGAGCAUAACCCUUGGACUGCGUGCUCCGUGUCCUGUGGAGGCGGCAUUCAGAGGCGGAGCUUCGUGUGUGUGGAGGAGUCCAUGCACGGAGAGAUACUGCAGGUGGAGGAGUGGAAGUGCAUGUAUGCGCCCAAACCCAAGGUCAUGCAGACCUGCAACCUGUUUGACUGCCCCAAGUGGGUUGCCAUGGAGUGGUCUCAGUGCACGGUGACAUGCGGCCGAGGGUUACGGUACCGCGUCGUUCUGUGUAUCAACCACCGGGGGCAGCACGUCGGCGGCUGCAACCCACAGCUGAAGUUACACAUCAAGGAAGAAUGUAUUAUCCCCAUCCCCUGCUACAAACCAAAAGAAAAAAGUCCAGUGGAAGCUAACUUACCGUGGCUGAAACAAGCCCAAGAACUAGAAGAGCCCAGAAUAGCAACAGAAGAACCAACGUUCGUCCCGGAGCCCUGGGCGGCCUGCAGCGCCACGUGCGGGCCGGGCGUCCAGGUCCGAGAAGUGAAGUGCCGCGUGCUGCUCACGUUCACGCAGACGGAGACCGAGCUGCCCGAGGAAGAGUGCGAGGGCCCCCGGCUGCCCACCAGGCGGCCGUGCCUCCGCAGGCCCUGCGACCGGAGCGCCGCUGCCCAGGAGGACGGCCGCGUGACGUACCACUGGGAGUACGCUGGCUUCACCCCCUGCACCGCCACCUGUCUGGGAGGUCAUCAGGAAGCCAUAGCCGUGUGCUUACACACCCAGACCCAGCAGACAGUGAGUGACACCUUGUGUGAUACGGUCCACCGCCCUCCAGCGAUGAGCCAGGCUUGCAACACGGAGCCCUGCCCACCCAGGUGGCGCACAGGCUCUUGGGGGCCCUGCUCGGCGACCUGCGGCGUCGGGAUCCAGACCCGUGAGGUGCACUGCCUGUCCCCGGGGGAGUCCCCGGCCCCUGCCGAAGAAUGCAGGGACGAAAAGCCCCACGCUCUGCAAGCCUGCAAUCAGUUUGACUGCCCUCCUAGCUGGCACAUUGAAGAAUGGCAGCAGUGUUCCCGGACCUGCGGCGGGGGCACUCAGAUCCGAAGAGUCACCUGUCGGCAGCUUUUGACCGAUGGCAGUUUCUUGAGUCUCUCGGAUGAGUUGUGCCAAGGACCCAAGGCGUCUUCUCACAAGUCCUGCGCCCGAACAGACUGUCCUCCACAUUUAGCCGUGGGAGACUGGUCGAAGUGUUCUGUCACCUGUGGCGUUGGAACCCAGAGAAGAAAGCAGGUGUGUCAGAGGCUGACAGCCAAGGGCCGGCGCGUUCCCCUCAGCGAGACGAUGUGCGGAGACCUCCCGGGGCCCCCUCUCGUAAGAUCUUGCCAGAUGCCCACGUGCGGUAAAAUGAAACCAGAGGUGAAGACGAAACCUGUUGAGCAGGGGCCGCAGAUCCUCGGUGUCCAGAGAGUCUACAUUCAGACAAGGGAAGAGAAGCGCAUUAACCUGACCGUCGGGAGCAGAGCCUAUUUGCUGCCCAACACAUCUGUGAUUAUUAAAUGCCCAGUACGACGAUUCCAGAAAUCUCUGAUCCAGUGGGAGAAGGAUGGCCGUUGCCUGCAGAACUCCAAGCGGCUGGGCAUCACCAAGUCAGGCUCACUUAAAAUCCACAGUCUCGCAGCCCCUGACAUCGGCACGUACCGCUGCGUCGCAGGCCCUGCCCGAGAAACCGUUGUCCUAAAGCUCAUCGGUACCGACAACAGGCUCAUUGCGCCCCCGGCCCUCGGAGAGCCCGUGAGGGACCAUCCCGGGAUGGACCGCAGGGACGCCAAUAGCUUGGGAGCCACCUGGCAGAAAAUGAGGCAGAUGUGGGGUCACAAAAAUGAGCUGUAUCCGGACGAUGGCCAAGUUGCUCACCAGCCUUUCCUGCGAGCGCUGUUGGGCCACUGCAGCAAUUCUGCGGGAAACACCAACUCCUGGGAGUUGAAGAACAAGCAGCUUGAAGCGGCAGUUAAACAGGGAGCUUACAGCAUGGACACGGCCCAGUUUGAGGAACUGAUAAGGAACAUGAGUCAGCUCAUGGAAACGGGGGAGGUGAGCGAUGACCUUGCGUCCCAGAUGAUCUACCAGCUGGUGGCCGAGCUGGCUAAGGCACAGCCAGCGCACUUGCAGUGGAGGGGCGUCCAGGAAGGGGCGCCUCCCGCGGCUCAGCUAAGGGGGGCCACAGGAAGUGUGCCCCAAGGCCUGGAUGCAGGAAACUCAGGCAAGCUGACGUUCCAGUCAGAGGGACCUGUCCUCCUGAGGCACAGGCAGCCCACCUCGAUCUCAUUUAAUAAGACGGUGAAUUCGAGGAUCGGAAGUACAGUAUACAUUACAAAAAGGACGGAGGUCAUUAACAUCCUGUGUGAACCCGUCACCCCCAGCCAGGCCACGUAUACUUGGACCAAGGAUGGGGCGUUGUUAAAACCCUCCGACAAGGUCACUUUGGAUGGAAUGGGGAAGAUGCAGAUACGGAACCCCACAAGGAAAGAACAGGGGGUAUAUGGAUGCUCUGUAGCCAAUCAUCUCGGUUCUGACGUGGAGAGUUCUUCCGUGUUGUAUGCAGAGGCGCCUGCCAUCUUGUCUGUUGAGAGAAAUAUCAGCCGACCAGAGCACAGCCAUCUGUCCGUUGUGGUUGGAGGCACCAUAGAGGCGGCCCUGCAAGCAGACGUGACAAUCCGCUGCCCUGUAAAAGGUGUCCCUCAGCCUAAUAUAACUUGGUUGAAGAGAGGAGGACCUCUGAGUGACAAUAUUUCCUUGCUUUUCAAUGGAUCCCUGUUGUUGCAGAACGUUUCCCUUGAAAACGAAGGAACCUACAUCUGCACAGCCACCAACCCUCUAGGAAAGGCAACGGCAACGUCUACACUCCACUUGCUGGAACAAAGACGGUUGGACAGGAAACGUGGAUUUCCCAAAGACCAUAAAAAGCCUCCGCUCCAGGCAUCCAACACGGGAGCCAGCAGCAGUGACACAACCGGAGAGCCCGUACCUUCAGAGCCUUUCUGGGAGCUCGGUAACUGGACGCAUUGUUCUGCCACCUGCGGCCGCUCGGGAGCCCGCAUUCGGAGACCCCGGUGCAUCGUGGCCAGCGGGCAGGAAGUGAGUGAGGCCCUUUGCCGUCACCUCCAGAAGCCGCUGGCUGGGUUUCAGCCCUGCAACGUCCGGGACUGCCCUUCGAGGUGGCUCACAAGUGCGUGGUCAGGGUGCUCGGCCUCCUGCGGGGAAGGAGUCCGCAGUCGGCAAGUGACCUGCGUGCGCACGAAAGCCAACGGAGCCACGCAGGCGAUGCCUCCGAGGGCCUGCGCUCCCGGGGACAGGCCUCCGGGAGGAAGGCCGUGCUCCGGGAGCCCCUGCGGCCAGGGGGCCGUCGGACCGGGCGGCCAGUGUCCCGCGCAUUGCCUGGGUCGCACAGUGAGGAUGCCACAGCAACGUGCCACUUGCCAAGGCCACAACAGCUCUGACUCGGGCUGUGACGACAGAAGCAGAGCCACCUGGAAGGGGAACUGCUCCUCCACGGCAUGUGACGUGUGCUGGCGCCCCGGCCCGUGGAGGCCCUGCACGGCGGCCUGCGGCAGGGGGUUCCAGUCUCGGAGGGUUGACUGCGUCCACGCCGGGAGCUGCCGGCCGGUGGCCGAGAGACACUGCGUGCGGAAGAAGAAACCGGCUUCCUGGCGACACUGCGUGGGGCCCUCCUGCCACAGGGCCUGCAGGGACGCCUUGCACCACUGUCUGUUCGUGCAGCGUCUCAAUCUCUGUUCGCUCGAUGUCUACAAACAGAGGUGCUGCCGCACGUGCCGGGAAGGGAAACCUGUGGACGGGCCGUAACGCUGCUGUGAAGAGGAGGCAGACAUGUAGAAGCUCCUUCCCCAUGUAGCUGGUUCAAACACAUGUUAUUUCUUUAAAAACUCUAGAUUCUGCAUUCAAACCGAGGUCGAUGCAAACUCGCCGCUGGUGGAAUUUUGUGCUGUGGCCGGUCUUUAACUCCAGCUCUUUGACGUGAUCCAUUCUGGGACCAAGAGACGGGCCGUGGCAGGUGUGCCUUUGCGCGGGGGACCUCCCCGCAUCCUUCUAAUCAGGAGGUCGCCCGGGUCCCCAGCGCGUGGCCAUGUGCUUCCUCCUGUGACGUGUCGCCUGAUAGCGUAGGACAUCCUGAAGCCUUGAGGGACGCACAGCAACUGGUGCCUUCCUCUUCUCUCAAGUUUUAGGGUUUCAACAGGUUCAUAAGGCAUUCACACUUUAGAAGCUCCGGCCAGUCACUGCUAAGGUGGCGUGAUUGGCAUUUCUAUGGGUCCUGAAGUGCAGGCCGUGGAUAGGAGGCAGUCUCCCUGGACAGGUGUCGCACGGACUGACUCGCGGCUGCUGGGGGCGGGGAGCGGCGGCUUGUCCUUACUCUUAGGGAGCGCGUGGACGAAAACAGAGUAAACCUUGCUGCCGUCUUCACGACCACAGAGAGCUAUCUGUGACCGCAUGAGGCAUCUUGGAAAUCGAGGGAGCGGGAAGGGUCACCUUUUCUACUGAUUCUGAAGUGUAGUCAAAGCUUUCUUGUAAGAGCUGGGAAUGAAACUUCUUCUGAGCACUAUUCUCUUGCACACGAACAGAAAAGCAAAGCCUUAUUAGACCUAAUUUAUGCACAAAGUAGUCUUCCUAAGGGUUCUUAUUUGGGAAAAUUAUAAGAAAGUAAUCUAAAUAUGAAGCACGGUGGUUGAAAAGACUUGUUUAUGGUAAAGAAGUGUUUUCAUUCAAAAUGAUUUGCCGGUAAAUCCAAAGUGGAUUUGGGGGGCUGGAAGUUACAGUUAGGACUAGACGUCAGAGUUAGGAUUCGGUGAGUAAGUGUAGGGUUCGUUUUAGUUUUAGGAUUGGGUUAGCUGGGAAUGGAAGUUAGGUGAGGGUCAAGGCUGGAGUUGGCUUUGGGGGUUGGGUCAGGGUUAGGGCAGAGGGUGAGCCCGGAGCAAAUGCCUCUGCGGAAGUGCUCCGGGGCUAGCGUGGAAGUGUCCGUUCGAAAGCCCAUUUGGUCAUGGGGCCCCUCCCCUUACUUCCCACGAGUCACGGCUUUAGAUGGUACAGGAGCCCAAGUAAGCGGCCACCCGCCCUCACUCGGCAUCCCGGGCACCUGUGUGCGUGCUGCCUGCAGCCCACGGGCCGCGGCAGCGCCUGAAGCGGGUGGCCCUGGACCUGAUGGCGAAGACGUGAGCAGUGCGUUUGGUCUUUGGAUGUGUCCGCGGGCAGGCUCGCCGAGUCUCUCGACCACGUUCUGAGCGCCAGCUCUCGUGUUCUGACUGGAGCCUCACGGUCACUGGCGGUGAAGACUACUGUACGUGGGGGGGUUUGGCGGCCGGGAUGGAUGGAUGGGAACGUCAAGGGCACACACCAGCCCGUGGGUUGUGAAUCAUCAGCCACCCUCGAUUGUUGGAGGUUUUUAAAUUAAAAGAAAGAUCAUUUGUAAAAUACUCUUUGUAUAUAUUUAUUAUAUGACUUAAAGGUGCAAUAUUUUAUUUUGUACAGUAUGUAAUAAAGACAUGGGACAUAUAUUUUUCUUACUAACAAAAUUUCUUAUUAAAUUGCUUCACCUUUGUAUUUAAAGUUGCUAUUUUUCUUGUACUUUUGUUACCAUUCAAACGACGUUCCUGUGUACUGUAUUUUACUACUGUUUCUAUAACAUAAGCGUUAAUGUGUCCUUCAUGCCCCUUAAGGUGAUU